AUGAAAUCAUCUCUGUGCGAAGACAAAGAGGAUAUUCUCCGUAUUUCUUCUUUGGUUGUUCUUAUUGUGGGUGGUUUGUUGAAUAUUAUUGUAUUUCUGGGGAUUGUACGAGUUCCAUUGCGUGGUUUGUGCAGAUUUUUUUUUCUUACAGAACCUCUUUCUUGGUGUGUUUAUCAAGUGUUUUUUCUUCUAUCUUUAGGUACCUUUUGUUUCGUCUUGCAACUUGUUCUGUGUGAUUUGAUAUCACUUUUGUGUUAUCCACUGAAAGAGUGGCUUUUGGCGGGAUUCUGCGGUGUUGUGAAUGGAUUGGAAAUUUUGGCGGGAACGGCAACUAUGUAUAUUAUUAUAGCAGUGAAUUUUCAUGCAGUUUCAACGCACAAUCUAGCAGUUUGUCAGCAUUUGAGGGAAUUGAAGCGAAGACAUGACCAUGCUGAACAAACAACGGUUCAUGUCCCAACUGACUGCAAUAAUGACGAAAGCGCGGGAAAUGAAGUAAAAGUUAGGCGUACUCUCACAAUUGACUAUCAAUUGAAUCGCAUGAAAAGAAGAAUUCAAACAAUUUUACCAUCAAUUUCCAUUUGGAUUUUUGCGACAUCAAUGGCACUACCGCAUGUCCUUUACACAGAAAGCCCAAUCAAUUCCUGUUGCUCUCUCAGCCUGCACAUUUCCCAUCUCGAAACUCUCCCAUUUGUCGCGAUGAUUGUCUUUCAACUUGCAAUACCCAUUCUGUGCUUCAUUUGUGGGAUUUUUCUUCUGGGUGUCAAGCUCAUAACUUUUCAAUUAGAUCUCAAGAUGUGCAAAUUGGCAGAAGAUGUCAAGGAGAUUCUUGUAUUUGCCCUUAUUCUCACACUUUCCUUCGUCCUGAUCACCCUCCUUGGUUAUUCUCUGAAAUUCUUGGCAGGAUUGGAAGUUCCAACCUCCACAUAUGCCAAAUUCCUCAACAUUACCCAUUCUUUCAUGCCGACCAUUCGGCCCUUCAUCUACUUGACCACUUUAAAGCACUUGAGAAAAAGUAUUAUGAUGUUCUUCAUUCAAUAAAUAUCUCUCCAACCUCCCACAUUUUAUUUUAUUACAUAUACUUAUAUUGCAAAUUA